AUGUCCGGCUCUCAAGCUUCCACCCAGACAGCGUCUGCUGGACUGCACCCCUUUGACCCUCUCACUCCCGGAGAGAUCCAGCUGGCAGUCAAGAUCUUGGAGGCGUCAUUCCCCGGAGUUCCUCUGCGAUACAAGAAGAUUGAUGUGCAGGAGCCUGCUAAGAAGGACGUGAUCCCAUAUAUCGAAGCGGAGCGCUUGGGAAAGCCGCUCCCUCCAAAGCCGGCCCGUGUGCUGCAGGCUUUGUUCCACCGCCUCGAUAAUGGGACCUUUUACAAGGCCAUGCUCAAUGCAGACACCAAGUCUGUGAUCCAUGUCAAGGAGCUACCCAAGAGCAUCCAGGGCCCGGUUGAUGUGGAUGAGAUGAUCGAGAUCGAGUCGCUGUGUCUGCAGCAUCCUGCAGUGCUGGCUGAGAUCGAGAAGCUGAAGCUGCCGCCAGGGGUGACGGUCUGCAAUGACCCUUGGAUCUACGGAACCGAUGACCCGAAUGAGAACCGCCGCCUGUUCCAGUGCUACAUGUAUAUCGUGGAGGUCGACCACCCCCAGAACAACCACUACUCGACGCCCGUCAAGUUCUCGCCGGUUUUCGAUGGCAUCACUCACGAACUGGUCCGCAUGGACUACCUCCCCGCGGGCGUUGACCACAAGACUAUGGGCACCCAGCCGUGGAAGCCGGUGAAGACGGUGCAAUAUGCUCACGAGCUCCUUGAUGAGCCUCUGCGGACGGAUCUCAAGCCCUACAUUGUCCAGCAGCCCGAGGGCCCCUCUUAUGGGCUGGAUGGCAACGUGGUGACCUGGCAGAAAUGGCGGUUCCGAGUCGGCUUCAACAACCGCGAAGGCUUGGUUCUUUACAACAUUACCUAUGAUGGACGCAACCUGUUCUACCGUCUGGCGCUCAACGAGAUGACUGUCCCAUAUGGAGAUCCCCGAAGACCGUUCCAUCGAAAGCAGGCUUUCGAUGUCGGUGAUGUCGGAUUUGGUAUCACGGCCAACGAGUUGUCUCUUGGAUGCGAUUGCCUGGGCCACAUCAAAUACUUCGGUGGCUACCGAACAGACUCCAAGGGCAAUCCUGUCGAGUUAAAGAACGUCAUCUGUCUUCACGAGCAGGACAAUGGCUUGCAGCACAAGCACACCAAUUACCGUAGCGGCCUGGCUACUGUGGUGCGCAACCGCCAGCUGGUCGUCCAGAUGAUCUGCACCGUCGCCAACUAUGAAUACAUUUUCGCUUACAUCUUCGACCAGGCUGCCGGUAUCGAACUGGAGGUCCGUGCCACCGGAAUUCUGUCGACAGCGCCUUUGGAUAAUGAGAACGGCGAAACUGUCCCGUGGGGCACUAAUGUUGCGCCGGGAGUGGUGGCUGCGUUCCACCAGCACAUGUUUUCUUUCCGUAUUGACCCGGCUAUUGAUGGAUUCAAGAACACCAUCUACUAUGAGGACAGUGUCCCCAUGCCUCCAGGCGAGGACAACCCGUUCGGAGCUGGCUACGUGACGGAAGAAACUGUUCUGAAGACCUCCGGAACUGCCAACACGGCCGUUGACCGUCACCGUGUGUUCAAGAUCCGCAACGACAGCGUCAUUAACCCCAUCACUUACAAACCGGUGGCGUACAAGCUUCAGACGCUGCCCAGCCAGAUGCUGCUGAUGGGUGAGAAUUCUUUCAACUUCAAGCGUGCCAAGUUUGCAUCAAAGCCCAUCUGGGUCACCAAGUACCAGGACAAUGAACUCUACGCCGCCGGCGAGUUCACCAACCAGAGCAAGAGCUCUGACGGUGUCGAGACCUGGGUGCAGAGGAACGACCCAAUUGAGAACGAGGAUGUGGUCCUCUGGCACACAUUCGGUCUCACCCACAACCCUCGCAUAGAGGAUUUCCCCGUGAUGCCUGUUGAACGCAUCAGCGUUCACCUCAAGCCUGAUGGCUUCUUUACCAAGAACCCUGCUCUCGAUGUACCUCCGUCGGACCAGAGCUUCAACAAGUCGACACUCCACCAGGAAGUGGAUGCUGCAUCUUGCUGCUCGGCCAGCGGUGCGCCGUCGAAGGCGAAGCUGUACAAGCGUAUUGAGUAG